AUGCUUGAUAAGAUGUGGACAUUUAUCACCGCUGUUCUUGCUCUGUCACUCGGGAUUUCCGCUACCCCAUUCAGGCGGGGCAAUAUCAGUCCACCCACAGCUCACGUCAAGAACGGAACAUACGAGGGUGUUCACUCGACGGAAUAUGACCAGGACUUCUUCUUGGGUGUCCCAUUCGCGCAGCCUCCUGUGGAUGACCUCCGAUUUAGGCUCCCACAGUCUCUGAACACAACCUGGGAGGGUCCUAGAGAUGCAAAAGACUACUCCCUCCUCUGCGUCGGAUACGGCCUCGACCAAACGUUUUACGAGCAAUCAGAAGACUGCCUAUACCUGAACGUCGUUCGACCCGCUGGUUACGACCACGAGAAGCUCCCCGUAGCUUUCUGGAUCCACGGCGGAGGGUUCAGCAACGGCGGCGGUGGCGACCAGCGCUAUAACCUCUCCUUUAUCGUCGAGCAGUCUGUCAGAAUCGGCAAGCCCAUAAUCGGUGUCUCGAUCAACUACCGCCUCAGUGUCUGGGGCUUCCUCCACUCCAACGAAGUCGUCGGGGAAGGGGUCACCAACCUCGGCCUGAGGGACCAGCGCCUCGCUCUGCACUGGGUGCAAGAGAACAUCGCUGCGUUUGGCGGAGACCCGAAGAAAGUGACUAUAUUUGGCGAGUCUGCAGGUGCCGCCUCCGUUGGCUUUCAGCUUACUGCCUACGGCGGCCGCGACGACAAGCUCUUCCGCGCAGCAAUCCUGCAGUCGGGCAACCCGAUCUUCUACGGCGCCGAAAAUGGCACGCAGCGCUCUCAAGCCUCUUUCGAAGCCAUCGUAUCCCAGGUGGGCUGCUCCGACUCCUGGGACAGACUCCAAUGUCUCCGAGAGGUCCCAUUCCUAACCCUAAACGCAACAUACAACACCAUCAGUGGCUCCUUCUCCCCAACAAUCGACGGCGACUUCAUCCGCACGUACGGCAGCCAGCAACUGCGAAACGGCCAAUUCGUCAAUGUCCCCAUCAUCACGGGUGCAAACAGCGACGAAGGCGCAUCCAUGAGCCCCACGGGCAUCAACACGACAGAAGAUUUCAAAGCCACCCUCUCCACUUUUCUACCGGCUUCAUUCCAAGACGCCAUCUUAGAAGCAUACCCAGACGACCUCUCCGUUAACGUUGUCGCCAGUCUAGGAAAUCAACGCCCCGCUCCCUCUUACGGCGCCCAGUUCCGCCGCAGCGCCUCCUUCUGGGGUGACUACUACUUCAUCGCGUCGAGACGGCAAACCGCGAAGACGUGGGCUGCGCAUGGGAUCCCCGCAUACGCCUACAGAUUCAACGCCAUUCCAGCUGGCGUCCCGCCCGAGAUCGGCGUUGGCCAUUACAAGGAGAUCGGGUUCAUGUUCAAGAAUCUGCAGGGUGUGGGCUAUAGACCGGAUAUUCUCCCGUUCGAGGGCAAGGGCCAGAAUUACAUUGAGCUUGCGGACUUGAUGAGCUCGACUUGGGUCAGCUUUGUGUACGACCUCGAUCCGAGUAACUAUACCGGAAGGAACAGUAGUAUUCCGGCUUGGCCGCAGUACGAUGUGCACGAUCCGCGGGAUUUCGUCUUCGAUGCUAAUGUUACGAGUUAUGUUGAGGCCGAUACAUAUCGCGCGGUCGGGAUUGCAUUGAUAAAUGACAAUGCGGCUGAGGUUUUGCAUAGAUAG